CACAAUUUUGACAGUCUAGGUAUUUCAAUUUGGAAUUUCGAUUUUAUGCCAAAAUUUAUUUAAGGGAUAUAAAAAUUUUUGAGUGCAAUGGAUUUGUUGUCAGUCUCACCUGAGGUCACUUACAAUUGGGUUGAUAUAACAUCAGAUUUCUUUAAACAUAUACAAGACUUACAGUUGGGUGAGUUACUUCAUGAUGGCCAUCUAUUUGGGCUGUUUGAAGCUAUGUCAGCUAUUGAGAUGAUGGAUCCAAAGAUGGAUGCAGGCAUGCUUUGUAACCGUGGGAAUCCUAAACCUCUUAAUUUUCAACAAGCUGUUGCGACAGGCAAAAUAAAGAUAGAUGACCUAGAACCAAGUGAACUCAUUGGUAUAAUUGAUGCAACAAUGGCUUGCAUUGUUUCCUGGCUGGAAGGCCAUUCCCUAGCCCAGACAGUAUUCACAAAUCUUUACUUACAUCAACCACAUUUGAUUACAAAUAAAAUAUUAAAAGCAUACUGUAUUGCUGUAUACAAAUUGCUUGAUUGCAUUAGAGAUUGCAUCAACAAAGCACAAGUCUUUGAAGAGGAAGAUUUCCAACCAAUGGGAUAUGGUUAUCGGUUGGGCUCUCACCCACAGUCUGGUAACACUUACGAUGCUAGUCUCGAAGUCAGUGAGCAGAAAUGCAUCGCCAUGCUCAGGGAGCAAGAGGAGGAGUUAAAUAAAAAAGUUAGGAGUGCUGAAGAUGAGGCGAAUAGUGAGUGGAGCGCGUUAGCAGCAAGAAUCAGGUUCACAAGAAUGUUCUAUCAAGCACUUCUGUUAAUAACAAAGAGAGAUUCCCAGUCUGGAGCAGAUUGUGUAGCUCUGUUGAAUGGUUGUUCAGAAAUGAUGAAGGUUAUCAUAAAGACUGCUGGAAAAGGGACACAACCGAUUGAAAAUUCUGAUUCUCCAAAUCCAAUGGGAUUUGAGCCUAUGAUCAAUCAGCGUUUGUUACCGCCGACGUUCCCGAGGUAUACGCGCAUUAAGCCCCGUUUGGAUGCACUACAUUACUUCGACGAGCAGGUGACAAGGUUGCGCCACGCAUGGAAGAUCACCUCUUGUACUAAUUUCCAUACUGCAUUGGACUUCUUUAUGGAGUUCAGUCGCCAGCGCGCGUGCAUUCUGUCGCGGUCAGCAUUACAGUUAUUGUAUUUGAGUCCAUCGCCCGCCAGCACAGCUUCUCUUGCCCAAGCUGGCCCGCCGCGUCCUCACCACGCACUGCUCGAAAUACUGCGCGACUCAGUCAAGAAUUUCGUCAAUCCACCCUCACUGACGACGAAGUCUCCAAUAGUCUCUACACCACAAACGCGUGAGUUCGUGGAGAACUUUCUGAGUCGUUGUGUGCGUCCGUUUGCUGUGUUGCUGCAAGUCUGCGGCCAUAAUAGAGCGCGCCAAAGGGACAAGUUUGCAUUGCUGUUGGAUGAGUUUGCAACACUUCAAGAUGAGGCUGAGAGUGUGGACGCGGUGGUGAGCGGUGCGGCGGGUUCGGGUCUUCGCGCUUACUUCGGCACCUGGCUCCUGUACCACGUGCUACGAGUAAUGAUCGCCUACCUUCUCUCCGGGCUAGAGUUGGAGUUGUACAGCGUACACGAAUAUCACUAUAUAUUCUGGUAUUUAUAUGAGUUUUUAUACGGCUGGCUGGUAUCAGCGUUAGGACGCGCAGAAACACUAGCAAAUGAAGGGGCACGAAGGGCGGACGCUAAGCGUGGCGGCGCGCGGAAACAGAAGAAACGAAGUCGGCCGUACGCACGCGAGGGUCUCAUGUGUCAAGUCAUGCAGAACAUGUGCGGAGGGUAUUACAAGGCUUUAGUAGCAUUCAAACUACAGGGAAAGAUACGCCAGCCGAAGUCAGAGUUUGAUAACGAAGCAGUCCGGUACAAGCACCGGUUCGCCCCACUCUCAGUUAUCACACCACCACAAGUCCGCUAUCAUGAGUUCUGUGAGAUGACACAGCCGCUGCAAUAUGAAAAUCCUGUGAUACUAUAUCUUGGAGGUUGUAAACAUUUUCAACAAGCUCGAUCUCUAUUGGAAACCAUUACAACGCCUGACCAAGAGAUAACAGAUCUCCUGAAAGUAGCUAAAACAAAUUUCGUUGUAUUGAAAUUGUUAGCCGGCGGCCACAAACGAGAUUCGACUACGCCUCCAGAAUUUGAUUUCUCUGUACAUAGACAUUUUCCUAUUAUAAAGCUCGUGUAAUUUAUUCAAGUAUAAGUGUAGUAUAUUAUAUGUGACUUGUAUUGUAAUUAAAUUUAUAUUUAUGAAAUCAUCA